AAUAUAGUACACGAGGGUCAUAUGGGCAUAGAUCGAUGCAAGCGGCGCGCGAGACAAGUGAUGUACUGGCCUAACAUGUCACGUGAUAUCGAGCUCAUGGUGAGACGAUGUGCUAGCUGCCAGGAGUGCUCAAACGCCCCGCCUAAGGAGCCGCUAUUACCCAUUGCUAUCCCUAAACUUCCGUGGGAAAAAGUUGGUGCAGAUAUUUUCGAAAUUAGAAAAAAGUAUUUCCUAGUUUUGGUGGAUUAUUAUUCAAACUAUGUUGAAGUAUGCAGUUUACCAAACAUUUCCUCCAACAUUGUGAUAACAAACGUAAAGGAAAUAUUUGCACGUCACGGAAUACCCGAGACUUUCAUUACAGAUAAUGGGACCCAAUUUAGCAGUCGCGAAUUCAAAGUAUUUACCAAAAAUUGGGAUUUUAAUCACGUAACAUCAUCGCCAAAUUAUGCCCAGGCGAAUGGGAAGAGUGAACGAGCAGUUCAAACGGUGAAAUCAAUGCUAAAAAAAUCAAUUUUAAGUGAUGGCGAUUUUUAUUUAGCACUUUUAAACUAUCGGAAUACGCCCCGAGACGGUUUGAGCUCCCCUGCGCAACUUUUGAUGAGUCGCAGAUUAAGGUGUAAACUACCAGUUCACCCAGAGUUAUUAAAGCCGCAACCUGUUGACUCAUCUGAACACGACACAAUGUUACUUAAUCAGCAUAAGGCAAAAGUAAGGUAUGACAUACAUUGUAAAGAGUUACCUCCACUUAACAUAGGUGAUGACGUAGUAUGUGUAGAAGGAAAGGCUAGGACUCGUGCCACCGUGGUGGGUAAAGCCGCGACUCCUCGAUCGUACAUAGUUCAGAAUAAGGUGGGAGGUAAAUUCCGACGCAAUCGUCGUCACCUGAUAAAAUGUAUGGUGAGUGAUGAGCCGGAGUCCUCGAAGUCCGAGCCGCUGCAGCCAUCAGCUGACUGCGGGGACGAGUUCAAGGACGCCUGCGAAGAUGUGGGUCACUUGGGAACAUGCGAAAACCAGCCUUAUGAUAACGCCCAUAGGGCAGGUAAUCAACAAGCGCAUGCUUCCGAUGGGCCGACAAUUAUAAUGACGCGUAGAAAGGCAAAAUUAUUAGCCGAAAAUCAAUUUAAGACAGAAAAUAUGUAA